AUGAGAGAUCUUGGUGCUUAUGUCCACAAAGUUGAAAAGUGGUUUAAAAAGGUACAUGGAUAUCUUGGUUUUAUGUUUGAGGAGUAUAAUAUGAAAGCAGAGAUCAUGCUUGUAAAGGUUGCUAUAACAGAAAGUCUGUGUAGAAUGACAUCCGAGACUCAGCGGCAAGAAAUGGCUGAUGAAUGGUUUUACAUGGAGUUUGUUGCUGAUGCAUUUAAAAGAAUUAAGGAUUCUGAAUUUGAAACAGAUUGUAGAAGAUUCCUCAACCAAGUUAAUGGUACGCUUGGAGAAAGGACAAGUGUUUACACAUUUCCAUGUUUGGAAGCUUUUCUUGGUAAGCAUGAGCUGAAGAUGCCAUCUGAUGAUAAACUAGAAGAGUUCUGGAUUGAUUUUAAUGUUGGCAGCCAAAGUAUGUCAUUUUAUGUCAUUACUGAAGAAGAUGAUGAGGAACCAAUGUGGGAGACUGUCUGUUUACCUGAAGAGGAUGUAGAAAGUUACAGUUUUGACGUAAAAGAUGAGAAGAGAUUGCUAGCUGUGGAUAUGAAUACGCCCUUCAGAAUUGGGAACAUUGAAGGAAGCCAGAUACAGAUAUUGUUUGAUUUGACUCUGGACAUCUUCAAUACUGUUCAAAAAGUUUAUGGUUCUACAAAAUUCAAGGGGCUACCAAUGAAAGACAGGAUUUCAGAAGUGAAAACAGCUGUCCAUGUAUUAUUUGAUGGUAGCAGUUCACAGGUCUUGGUUGCUGAAAGUCAAUUCUCAUCACCAGACAAUAAAGGACCAAAAAAUGGAAAAGUGUCUCACACCAAGACAGUUUUCGUACCAGGUACAGGAACUAACCCUCAGCAGGCCUCAAUAUCUCCACCAAAGACACUUGCUCCACAUAAGCAAAGGACAUCGGAAGUAGCAAUGUUUGUAACUAGUACAGAAAGACUGGCAACAAAGACUGCUUGUAUACCAACUAUAGUAAACACAACUCCAGCAAGGAAAAAUAAAGUGAAGCCUCCUUUGGAAAUGAAAACCUUACCAGGAAGACGAUCUACAUUUAAAACGCAAGAUGUAGAACUGGGAAACUCUGUUCAUCCAACCCCCUCUGGAGAGAGUAUGAAUAAGCUUUUGGAAGAAUGCAACUCAAAGAUAAUGCGGAACAGUCCAACUGCUUAG